AUGAGCGAAUCAGUGAAAGAAAACGUUACUCCGACACGUAACUUCCGUCGUACUCAAGGGCCCCAAAAUAAUACAAAACCUCACAACGACAGGAAGAAUUUCAGAAGAAAGCAAAAGAAAAAUAACCUUUCUGCUGAACCCAACCUCACCACUUCAAGCGCAGAUGAUACUGAUGAAGAAAAUGAAUUAUGUGUAAUUUGUGCGCGCAAGUUAACAUACGUAUCUCUAACACCAUGCCAUCAUAAGACAUGCCAUAUCUGUGGUUUCAGACAACGAGCUUUGUACAACAAGAAAAGCUGUUUGAUUUGCAGAACGGAGAAUGAAGAAGUCAUGUUUACCGAUCGCAUAGAUGGUGAUAUUUCAGAUAAAUAUAACUUUUGCGAAAAAAAUGAAAAAUAUGGAAUAAAUUUCACUAGCGAAGAGGUUGCUACCGAAACACUAAAUCUUUUAAAAUUUUUUUGUCCCCUAUCGAAGGAUGAACAAGUUUGUGACUUUGGUAGUUUCAAGAAAUAUAAUGAACACUUGAAAUCUGAACAUAACAGAAUGAUCUGUUUAAUAUGUGCAACCCAUAAGCAUGCAUUCCCUUGUGAGCUUGAAAUAUUCACCCAAAAUCAAUUACGCAACCAUCAAACUAAGGGUAAUUCAGAAGGAUUCAAAGGCCACCCUAUGUGUGCCUUCUGUUCCGGAAAACGAUUUUAUUCAGACGACGAAUUGUACAUUCACAUGAGAAAUCAGCAUGAAAAGUGCCAUAUUUGUGAUAAGAUGAACCCCGCUUCUCCUCAAUACUUUAAGGAUUAUAAUCAGCUUUUUGACCACUUUAAACAUUCGCAUUACGUUUGCACCGUCCAAACUUGCUUAGAUAACAAGUUUGUCGUAUUUAAAGACGAGUUGGAGUUACAAGCCCACAUUUUGCAGGAGCAUGGUAAUAUCCUGAAGGGAAAGCCAAAGUUUUUCCAGUCAGAACUUUCUACUUUUAUCUCGGCUCCAUCUAGAGUGAUCAGGGAAAGAGAUGAUUACGACCUUCCAUCUAUAUCUUCCCUACCGGGUUCAUCAUCCGGCUCUAGAACUGAUGUGAGAUCUGCUAGUUCUCCCGAGGAAAGUAGACUAAGAUUGGCAGAAAGAGCAAAAUACUAUCUGGAAAAUUCCAAAGAAGACUUCAAUAAGUUUUCUUCUUAUAACGAAGAUUAUUCUAAAGGUCGCUUAAGUGCUGAAAAAUUAUUGGAAUCAUAUAAAUUGUUAUUCACAAAACCAAAUGCGGAUGUAUAUUUAUUGAUUCAUAACUUAGCUGAAACCUUUCCCAAAAACUCCUCCAAAUACAAUAAUCUGAACGCCAUAUAUGAACAAAGAGAGCAAACCCUUGCACGACAAACUUCACUACCUUCUUUAUCUAGUGAUUCUUCCCUUUCAAUGUCAAUAGGCAGGGGCCAUUGGGGUGGAACAAACGAUGGGGGCAGCGCUGGUGCAGCAUUAGGCGUUAGGAAUAUCAAAAAUCUUCCAACCCUGAAAAGUCCUUCAGCGUCGUAUGAUCCCUUUGCAACCACCGUAAAAAAAAACACUCUGAGACCCGUGCAAAACAUUAAAAGAACUACACCUCAAUCAGUUAGUUAUCGAACUUCCACUAAUACAGUCGCCUUCUCUCCAACCUAUUUGGAAAGUAAAAAGGGUUCCUCUUCUACUUCUCUAAAUAAUAGCAAAGAUAAAUUGAAAAGUCUCAACCUACCUCAACUACCUCCACCAAAGCCAAAGGUGCAAAUUCCAGGUCUGAACAGACCCCAAAUUGCUGAUCCUAAGCAGUGGGGUAAAAAGUCAAGCACACAAGAUACUAACGUGCACGAUAAUUUGAGGGAAUUGAACACAACUAGUGGAGGAAAUAAAAAGAAAGGCAAACAAAAGCAGCUGUUAUUCCACAUUGGUGUAUAG